UCAGCAGUGAGUUUGUUUGUGUGUGGUUUCCUUUGCAGUUGAUUGAGACAAGUGGUAAGCUUAUUUUUUUAGGUUUAUGCAUGUGUUACCAUUGAGAGGCAAUUGUGCUCUAUGGCUCUUUGAUGCUAAUUUGAAAUUGAAUACUGUAACAUGGACAAUUAAAAUAGUGUGUGGUAUGGUCUGCAAAUGUGGUCAGUGCAAGACUGAUUUUAGGAACCAAAGGAUGAUUUCAGCAUUGGCCUAGUGUUCUUCUUUUCGUGAAAAUGUGUUAAGUGGAUCAUAUCCACACCGUUACAGGCACUGAAGUAAUGACCUUAUCAGUUUAAUGUGCUUCUUAAAAUACAAUACAAAUAAUGUGCACUGUAACACAAAGCGGAUGUGUAGUCACUAUUUACCACUGUCACAUUUGCAGCAAUGUAAAAAUGUUUAACAAAACAAUAGCAGGAGUUAUAUUACAAUAUUAACAACAUAGAGAAGUAGACUCUUACUAGUUACGCAUCCCAUUGCUACAUCUUUUCAGUCGAUUUAUCUAUGCACAAUAACAGCGAAAACUUUUUGUGGUAUUAUACAGCAAUCUGUGUUUCAUGUCGUAUUGUAAACUUGAAGGUGGCCAGAUGAUAAUUUAGAGGCAUACUAUGUGUGUGUUUUCUGAGCUGUCGAGUGCUGUAAAUGUAACUUUUGUCGAACUUUUCAUACAAUCGCGGACAUAAGUUCGAGAUGGUGCCGUGGCGUAACGGUUUACAUAGUGGACUCGCAAAUCAGAGGUCACAAGCUCGAUCUCAUGAAGUGGUUGUUGGAAAUCGCCCAGCAGCACAACCAAUAGGUUUGCCACCACAGGUUGUGUGUGGCGGGGUAAGGUGUGGAUAGCCCCAUCUCUUUAAAUAUAUCUGGCCAGUGCACCGUGGAAGAGUGGGCUAAAAUACCAUGAGUAGGGACUCUUUGGAGCUCCCUCGAUCAAGGCCCUUCUGCCAACAGUGGCAUGCGCAAGACAUUACCUACACGUUACAUUUGUCUUUGUACAGAUGCAUGGCGGUAUUAUUCACAGCCGUUAUAUCAAAUGUCUUUAAUAUGUGGGCUCUCAAACCAUCUACAGUGGAUUUUUUUUUAUCUGUGGGUCGAUUCUUCUCCUCAAAUCAAUGGAUAACAGACAAUUAUGGACAAAGUAGUCGAGGUGUGGAACUAACACAUUUCAUCUCAUUCAGAUCAGGCCACCAACCAAGUGAGUGGUAAAAAAAAAAUAGUUCAGUUACCUACCGGUUGCAUGGAUGUGACAGAAUGACGAUGAUUCUGCGAAAUGUUAUUUUUUUCGACGGGGCAUCCUUUAUUUGGUUUCGAACAUGGAUAAUCAACUAUACUGUAUCUCAUCGGGGAUCCCUAUGUGUGGAGAAUAUGAUUGCAAAAAAAAACCUCAGUACCAUUCUUUCAUUAUGGGUUAAAGGAGCUUGUUUUUAAACGUAUCUAGGUUUGGUAGUCUAGGGUGGAUAAUGGAAUUGGGUAUAAUACUUUAUAUUGCUGUGAAGGAACAUUAAACACUUUGUUUGCAUGUUUAUCGAAUCCGGCUAAGUGGCUAAGAAGGUUACACAUUCAAAUCCUGGUUGGGGGUCGACUCAGUCCAUCAUCCUUCUGGUGUCGAUAAAACGAGUACACUGCUACUCUGUGGGGAAGUAAACUAUGAAUAGUAAUAAAUAGUUAUUACUUCGGUACACCGGUGUGUUGGACAAUAAAUCCACAACAUUUACAAUUCGAGUUUAGACAUUUCGCUGGUGACUGUGCCAAGGUGGCGGUAGGUUUAAUGACACAUUUAUAUUUAUGCGAUAUAACCCAAAAAACCCCCCUUCAUUACGGAUAAUAUAGCUUUGCAAAAGCUUAGUAGUUAAACAAACUAUGAAUAGCCUCGCCACCGCCAUGGAAUCCACCACUGGCAGAGCUGUGAACACUCGAUUGGUUGACUGCCUCAAUACUUAUAUGGGCAGGAAAUCACUUUGACUUUUUAAAGUUUACGGUGGAUUACGGAAUUUUCUAAAAUGCUUUGAAUUUGCGUGAAGGUUCGUUAAAGUUUUCUCUGCAUUUUCUUAUCCUUAAAAAAAUUCGGUGUGAUGCAAUGCACUAAACUUGUUAAUGUGCAAGAUUGCUCACCAAAAUAUGCCCACAAGUGCACAUCUAUUGAUGCCGUACUCUUUGGCAACGUAACUAUGUCACGAAGUCACUUAAAUUGCCCCAAUAUAGAAUUUAACUUUGGUACUCAUGGAUGUCCAUGUAUUCUUGCAAAAAUGUUACGGUUUUUUCGGGAAAAAUACAUCUAGGGAGGUAAAUUAUUUGUGUUUUGAGUACCGUACCUGUACAAUUUAUGUUGCUUAAAGUCAAUCAUGGUAUAUUUGAGACUGGAUUAUACAACGAAUGAACAGACAGGUCUUUAUUUUACCCAUGUGUUAUGCAUACUCGGUACGUCACAUGCCAUCUAUGAUCUACCAUUAAGAGGAAGUUCAAUGAAGAAUAUAAUUUUACAUUUGUAAAUCAACAUCCUAAGGAAUGCACACACACUAAAUGGGCAUCGAAUAUUGUUUGAAUGUUCAGAAAGUGAAUUUUCUGACGACGUAUCUAUUGUGCUGUCAGGUUGCGGGUUUCACAUUGUGCUUCGAUUUACCAGAAGGCACUGGCAACAGCAGUGUUUGCAGUUGACGCGUGCUUUGGAAACAGGUCUUUGUGGAUUGCACAGUGAUUUUUGAAGCUCCCAAACUCAUUGGGAUGUGACGUGGCCAGAAGACAGCACAGCAAUGCACAGGGUCAGAGCUGAUGUGAAAAGAAAAAUGUCACGGCCAUCAUUCAUUGGAGAGAAAGGAUUCAGUCACUGCUGGAUUUUUAAAGAGGGAAGAGAAAAGAAGCAAUGGUGUGAGAGGCAUGCCUCCUAAACCCUAGGCAUCACAAAAGAUUCCAGUGUAUUGGAAGCAACUAGCGUAUGACAUUUAAACUCAGCACCGUCAACAACAGAUAAUAAGUCGUGAGGUGCUGAGCAGCUUGGACAGAAGCGAUAAAGCCAUGUCUGUAGAUGUGUCACUCAGCGCCUUCCAUCACAUGCCUCUGCAAUCCAAAUCAAAGAUCCCGGAGGCAGAUUCCAUGUCAUUCUGCAUCGAAGAAAAUAAUCAGCAUGCUUGUGAGAGCAAACAAUCUGGUGAUUUUGUUAUAGAAGAAACAGCGGAGGCAACUCAUUUCGAGAGACAUAAUGUCCUGGUUCAUGAUGUUUCUGAGAGGAGAGAGAUGGUUUGUAAAGAAAUAAAUAAGGUGGAGAGCAACACAUUUAUUGACAGUAAUGAGUUUGAAGUUUCCAAAAAGACAACCUCCAUUGCCUUGUGCAGUCAACUACAAGAGGAUGUUAUGGGUCUUGAACCGGUCUGUCAAGGUUUACAAAAACAAUGUGUUGAUCAUUCACAAGAUGAUUCAAGCGAAUUGGUUGUUAACAACGCUAAGGCGUCACUGAGCUCCGUACUUGGCCUUGACGACAGUGUAGAUUCAGACACCUGUAGCGUAGAUGGUCACAGGCAAGAGGAGAGUUUGCUCCUCUUAGCUUGUGUGAUGACAGCCCAGGACUGCCCUGCAUUAAGAGACAUUCCGGGAACACACAGUGCCACUGUUCCAAUUGAGGUUGAGCCAGUGGUGGAGAUUUCUGAGACGGUUGCUGAAACUGCAGGCCAAGUCCAGAUGAAAACCUCUGUCAAUUUUGGCUGCAAAGCCUAUGCCCACAACUUCACUCCAGAUGUAAUCAAUGCUGAGCGUGAGCAUGCUGGCUCCAGUAGACAUGCUCAGACGAAAUUGGACACGCGUAGCGGCAUCCUUGCCAAGCCUGCCGCCACCCAAGAUGCGACAGACAGGGAGCUAGUGGUGUCAAAUGCAAAACUAAAGCCGCGCUCGCCCAUUUAUCGGCGAGCAGAAGCGAGACGUAAUUCUGCCCUGAAGGCCUCUGCAAAGGAUGGAUCUUGGAAGCGUUUUGGUCCACUUAUAAGGCAAACGAGUUACACACAGUCACAGUGUGCAUCUGCGUUAACAAGAAAGGACAGGCUGCGUAAGGUGACUGUGCACAGAAAAGUAACACGGAGAGCAAAGGCACUGGAUGAUCUGGAAACGUCAUUGACAUCUGCAGACAGUAAAGUUAUCCAAAAUACAAAGUACCCAUCAUCGGUCAAUUCACCUACUGGUUCAAGCAAGUGUGUAACAGGAGUGCACAAACUGCCAAGGCGAAAUAAACACUCAAAUAGCACUGUGUUGCAGAAUGAUGUGAGUGAUUGUUCUGCGUUUCCAGCGGCUACAAACAGAGGCGUGAACACUUCUUUUGACAUGAACAGUGUGUCGCCUGAAAAGAGAAAAUGCUACACGCAAACGGAAGAAAACACAACUUCGGUUGAGAAUCCCGUCGUCACUGGCUCACUGAAAGAAGCUGUUAUUUCAUCGAUGAACAGGAAACCAAAAUCAAAUCACCUCUUUUUACGAACCAAUCCAUCUGUGAACGCGUGUAAAAGCUCUUCAUUUACUGUAAAGGAAAGAGGCAACUCAAACAAAAGAAACCAAACACUUGCAAAAAACACAAUUCCGUCUCCUGCGUGUGCCAUCCGCAGUGCUAAUGCCACUCCUCACCACUCCAGCUCAUGUCACACAGGCUACAGAGUCUCCCGGCCAGUGUCAAAAUGUGACAGAAAGGGACGUUUUGAGGAACGCAGUUUGGAUGCUGAAAGGGCUGCACCUCUUCAGAAAAGAGGCUUCGCAGCUUUGGAAAAAGAGAGAGAACCAUAUUUGAGGGCGCUUUCGGAUAGAGAAUCAAUUGGAAACAUCAACAAAAUGAAAUCCAUGAAAAGAAAACGUGCGUUGAGCCAGAUUUUGAGCAAUACCACUGCCGCUUAUCCUGGAGAAAUGCAAACACAGUUGCUUGGUUCAACAUCGUCAACAGUUAUUGACUCAAAAAUGUAUUUUCAGUUAAAUGUAAGCAAAAAAGGCACACUUUACAUCGGCAAGAAGAGAGGACAUAAACGAAAAGAUUGCACGUCUGCAUGCGUUGACAAUUCCCACACAACUAAAGCAAAAAAAGACUUGGGAAGGGCACUUUCCGACAGCCGCGUGUGCUUGUCGGCGGAAUACAUGGGAGGCAUACCGAUUCCAAGUGAUUCGGUGACACCGAAGGACGUGUCAUCAGCUACCAGUGGUGCGUGGGACUUGGCCAAACCUGCGAUGGAAAAACGAGGUGAAAGGUUUCCAAGACACAUCGGGACGUCACCCCACAGGCGGUGCAUGCCGAGGUCCGGUGUUGCCAUGGUGAGGGAGGCGGCCGUCACCUCGACGUGCCGUGGAAGCGUGGCCUCAAGCGACGGUGGGGUAAGCGCCGACAACAACGGCUUACCGGGCCGCAUCGAACGCAGGAGAGGUGUGAAUAAGAGGAGCCCGGAGCAGCAGGCGCACUCUGCUCCUGUCGUCUGCCCCGACGUGAAGCGGGUUCCCGCACACAACGUGGAACACCCUCGCACGAUUCGCACGACGGGCUCGCAGCCAAAGACGAAGAAGCAAAAGAGGAACGACGAUCACCUUCGUCACCUCUCCCAAAGAGUCCCAGAUUUCCGUACUGAUCUCAGAGGCUUGUUGGUGAAGUUCACCAAGUUUGAGAUAUCUCACAAAGUGCACUCGUGUAUUCCUGCAGAUGUUCUGCCAAGCAUGUUUAAGCUGAAUUUUAUGACCAUUUGUCUUUCACCUGCGCCUGUGGAUUGUGCAGCAAGGACAGUGGACCAGGAAAACAGCGUUGAGUUUCAGCAGCUCAGGAAUUCUCAGAGCAGUGUUUCGAGUUCAUCAACCAUCAGCUCCUAUGACGCUGGUUAUUACAGCAAUGUUGAUUUUCGUCUGCAGUCAUCACGGUACAUGCCCAGCACACGAGGCCCUGGAUGUGACGGACAGCUAUUUACACCCAAAUAUUCACCAAUUGUUUUUUCACAUCCCUUCCCUGACCCUAUUGGGAAGGACCUUCAUCAUCAGGCAACCACUGUGAAAUCUACAUUGCAAAAUGUACAAAUCCAGCAGUGCCAUCAAGCAACUGCGAGCAGCCAUUGUCGGAGUUAUAAGAGUUGUAGCAGUGUCAGCACAGACAGCAAGCUGCCCAAACCGCCUUCAACACACAAGCAUAAGCAAGGGCAAAACCUGGCGGAGUUCAGCAAAGCCAGAGAUGCACAAUGUCUCAUGGGCCAGUGCUUUCCAGUGGGCAGGCCUCCUGAAGGUGCAUUCCCUCGUGAGCGCCACUUAAACCACAGUGUUUUGUGGCAGCAUAAAGGGAACAGUGUUGGGGAAAAGUGUCGCAAAAGCCCCAAGACUUUGCCCGGAAUUGUCUCUAAUGCACAGCACAUGCAUGCUCAAUCUUCCAAAACAUCUGAGUACUCUGGAGAUAAACCCCAUGUUAGAGCCACGAACACUUUGAGGUGGAGUAAGAAUGGCCCUUCCAAUGACUCAGUUCUUGAAGCCAUCGAUGCCUGCAUUUACAAAUAUUCGUUGAGUGCAAAUGCAGCCAAAACGCUACGAAAAGAUGAAUCUGUUUGCUGCAGAAAAACACCCAAGAAGACUGAUUUUGUGGACAAUGUUUCCAAGCAGUGGAGUUCCAGCCAUUGCUCAAAUUCCACGGCUCAAUUUAAAUAUGGAAGAAAGCACAACAAAGGGUGGGAAAGGAAGCAAAGAUGCAAUGAAUUUCCGUCAGACGCAUCUAGAGGUGAUAAGCCAAUUAAUUGGCAGUGUAAAGGAACACCCUCACAGAAAAUGGCAAGCAAUGAUGGCCAUCGAUCCAACACAAGAAGAAGAAGCCAAAGGAGCAUUAACACAAUUCUGGGGGGGGAAAGGAACCGGCACUUGGCAUGUAACGACGUGGACGUCUCUGAGGAAAACGGAUCACGAGGCAGGCCACACAAAGAGGCUCCUGCUGAACAUCCCGAUUGCCAUCGCACCGUGGAAAAGGCCAACCGUCCCACCCCAGAAACCUUGACCGUGGCGCCUGAUCCUGAUACAGUUUCCGAUGCGAUUGAAUCGGUCUUGAAACGCUUGUGCCAGCACAGGAACGACACCACGAGGAGGAAGAGCCAGUGGAGCAAAACUGCUCAUAUAAUAAAUAUGGCAAUUUCAGGAGCUGAAUAUGUUUAGUGAACUGUAAUUGCAGUCAUAGACGUUUUGCUCACAUUUUUAAUCUGCAACCUGUAUUAAAACUCACGUGAAGCACUCGAACCAAUGCACAUCUCUGAGAGUACAGCCAAACUGGGCCAGGUCGAAUGUUAAGUUGGCAUAUCAGCAUCUCUCUACCGUGGCAAGCACGGUAGGGAGAUGCUGCUAUGCCAACUUAAGCUGCCAAUCUAUCCAAUUUUCACAUAUUCCUGUCGCGUAAAAUGUAUACCUGUAUACAAACUCAGUAUGCAUUGUUGUGGAACAAUAUCGGUAAACGUGUAUACAAGCAAAACUCCAUAUAGUAUAUACACGUAUUAAUAAAUGUUUGUUUUAGUUUAUUAGCCUAUUGGCUUUCCAGACCAAUAUAAUACAUUUGUUUACAAAGCCUGACUUGACUGAUGAGACCCAGAUGGUGAACAUCAGUCCAGAGUGUGUUUUCAGGAAAGCUGCUGGAUAAUAUCGGUCUGGAAAGCUAAGACGCUGACGGACUGAAUAUUAACUGAAUAUGAACAUGUACAGUAUAUCCUGCUGAAUUAUUAACGAUGGAAUAGAAUUGCUCAAAAACAUGUUUUUUGUUCCCAACAAUAUAUUUGAUGUCCUCAGAGAGAGAAACGGAAACUCACUUUAAAGAUGCAUUCCUCACCAUCCAUAGUAAUGUCAGGCAUUACUUUGGAUAGACCUGUCCCUGCCAUGAAAGUGUCGAUUGUUUUACCACUCUCGGUGGGCUGCCAAUAGAAAAUAAACACGCACCAUUGCUGUGGCGCAAAAGGAGCCGUUAAGACUUUUUAUUUUGACACUUAGAUUAUAGUACACUGAAAUCACGAACAUUAUUGCGGUAAUGUGUACUGUUGUAUAGCACUUAUUGUAUGUUUCUAUAUUUUUAAUCCAGUUUGGAUGAUAAAUGCUGUUUUCCAUUUCCCUGUCUUUAAAAUUAAACACAAAAAUUAUAAUGCUGCAUUGGCAUAGGCCCGCGAGCACAAAUGACAUCAACUAAUUGCAUUCGUCAAUGACACGGUUGUAAAGAGGAACACGCAUAACAAGUGGAAUUUUGGGCAUGCAAUUACACGUGUGCUCUGCGGAUGUUUUGUUUUGCAAAUAUGCAGAAUUGCACUAUCAAUUGUAUGUUUAUAAAUAUUGUCUCUUUCAUCAUCAGCAGCAACCAUGAUUCACUGCUGAACGGUCGCCCCAUGCAAACACCAUCCUAUGUGUUUCUUCAAUAUCACAAUUCAUCUCACUCCUGCAUAUACGCUGAUCUCAUCGAACUUCAAAUCUAGACUGAUCUCAUCGCUUCUUCUCCGGGGUAGCAAUUCACUACUAUUUGGCUAUCAUUACAUCACCAUCAUCUAUCGGCCAUAAUCCUAUCAAGCAUUGUGUCCUACCAAGACCACUUACUUUCCGUAUCUGUCGAUAUGAUUUAUCUGAUUUGUGUUUGUUCCCUGAUUAACGUUCGAUUUAAAGCUUUCGUGACUGCAAGGAUUCAUCUUCUUUGGUUCUUUCGGUAAAGUCACGUAGAAUGAGAAUAAAAUAAUAAAAUAAAAUAACGUCGUGAGAAUUUUAUUGUUAUUGUUAUUAUUUUAUUCUCAUUCCCUGAUUAACUUCAUGUCAAUGUAAUGCUCAACUUGCUUCUCUCCAUGCUUUGCGUACUUUACAGCCUUUGUUCCAUAUUCUUUGCAAUGGCUUUAUGAUCCAAAUGUCACGGCAGGCAAUACAUGCACUGAUUGAAUACUUUGUUCGUGAAGGACAUUGGUCUGUAUUUUUUUCAUUAUCAUAUUCAGUAAUCCAAAAGCACUUCAAUCUGAAAUUUUGAUUUCAAGCUUUCGUGACUGCGCUGAUUCAUAUUCUUGGUUUUAUUCUUGGUUCUUUCGGUAUUGUUUCCCUUCAGCGUGACUUUACCGAAAGAACCAAGAAUACACUUCAAUCUGCUCUCAUUCGCCUUUUAAACUCAUCGUUUGAUCCCGACCCACCUUUAGUAAUUGGGCUAUGUAUGCAUAUUCUGUUGUGAUUUCCAAGAACAACCAUCCAACAAUUAUUCGAUUUUAUCAAAAUUAUUGUCCUCGAUUAACUAGAUUUUAUAGCCUUCUUUGUAAAGUCAGGGCAGAUGGUGAUAACUUCCUGUAGUUCAUCUCAUUUGGCAGUUAUAAUAACACCUUCCUCAGCCAAUUUGUAGAGAUUAAAAUUCUCUUUCAAUAAUGAUCAUACCAUUUUUACGCCUCAAAUCCGAUUUUAGGACAUCUUCGUAUGUAUGUAUGUAUGUUGAACUUCGACCGGAUGUAGCCAACUGUGCGACUCAGAAGGCACAUCUCCCUGCCUAACUCCUGAUUUGCAUAUUGUUCGUUCAUGUAAUCUCAAUGUUCAUAAUAAACGUGUUUUUCUAGAUUUUUGUUAUUAAUGCCUUGGUUUGUGACGAAGGCUUAUAUAACUGCAUCAACUUCCAUUGAAUUAAUUGUUCCACUCCCUCUCUGGUGUGGACCAAUCCGUUUCAAAGACAACGCAUAUACU